GGGGUUGUGGCGGUGCUUUGGGUGACAACGGUCCAUAAUGAAGGUGGCUGCGGCGAGGCGCCCGGCUCCGCAGCGCCGGGUGGGGGUGGCGCCGGGGCCGCGCCCGUGAGACCUCGGUGGGGGCCGGCGCGGGGAGAUGGGGGCUCGGCGGCGCGGGGAGUGAGGCGGCGACGGCGGCGGCAGCGGCGGCAGCGGCGAGCGCAACUUCAGCCGGAGGGGCUCUCCCACUUCCUCCUCGGGCUCGUGGGCCUCCACCUGCAGCCCCGCUGCCCCCGCGUCCCGCGGGACCGGGGCGGCGACGGCGGGGGCAUGUGGCGCUGGGUCCGGCAGCAGCUGGGUUUUGACCCACCACAUCAAAGUGACACAAGAACUAUUUACAUAGCCAACAGGUUUCCUCUAAAUGGCCUUUACACACCUCAGAAAUUUAUAGAUAACCGGAUCAUUUCAUCUAAGUACACUGUGUGGAAUUUUGUUCCAAAGAAUUUAUUUGAACAAUUCAGAAGAGUGGCAAAUUUUUAUUUUCUUAUUAUAUUUUUGGUUCAGCUUAUGAUUGAUACACCUACCAGUCCAAUUACCAGUGGACUUCCAUUAUUCUUUGUGAUAACAGUAACAGCCAUAAAGCAGGGGUAUGAAGAUUGGUUACGACAUAACUCAGAUAAUGAAGUAAAUGGAGCUCCUGUUUAUGUUGUUCGAAGUGGUGGCCUUGUAAAAACGAGAUCAAAAAACAUCCGGGUGGGUGAUAUUGUUCGAGUAGCCAAAGAUGAAAUUUUCCCUGCAGAUUUGGUGCUUCUGUCCUCAGAUCGACCUGAUGGUUCUUGUCACGUUACAACUGCUAGUUUGGAUGGAGAAACGAACCUAAAGACUCAUGUGACAGUUCCAGAAACAGCAGUAUUACGAACAGUUGCUAAGUUGGACACUCUUGUAGCUGUGAUAGAAUGUCAGCAACCAGAAGCAGACUUGUACAGAUUCAUGGGACGAAUGAUAAUAACCCAACAAAUGGAAGAAAUUGUAAGACCUCUGGGGCCAGAGAGUCUCUUACUUCGUGGAGCCAGAUUAAAAAAUACAAAAGAAAUUUUUGGUGUUGCUGUAUAUACUGGAAUGGAAACAAAGAUGGCGUUAAAUUAUAAGAGCAAGUCACAGAAGCGAUCUGCAGUAGAAAAGUCAAUGAAUACAUUUUUGAUAAUUUAUCUAAUAAUCCUUAUUUCUGAAGCCAUCAUCAGUACUAUCUUGAAAUACACAUGGCAAACUGAAGAAAAAUGGGAUGAACCUUGGUAUAACCAAAAAACAGAACAUCAGAGAAAUAGUAGUAAGAUUUUGAGAUUUAUUUCAGACUUCCUUGCCUUUUUGGUACUCUACAAUUUCAUCAUUCCAAUUUCAUUAUACGUGACAGUCGAAAUGCAGAAAUUUCUUGGAUCAUUUUUUAUUGGUUGGGAUCUUGAUCUCUAUCAUGAAGAAUCAGAUCAGAAAGCUCUAGUCAAUACUUCUGAUCUGAAUGAAGAGCUUGGACAGGUGGAAUAUGUGUUUACAGAUAAAACUGGCACACUGACAGAAAACGAGAUGCAGUUUCGGGAAUGUUCGAUUAAUGGCAUAAAAUACCAGGAAAUCAAUGGUAGACUUGUAUCUGAAAGACCCACACCAGACUCUUCAGAUGGAAACUUAAGUUAUCUUAGUUUUUCCCAUCUUAACAACUUACCCCAUCUUACAUCCACUUCUUUUAGAACCAGUCCUGAAAAUGAAACUGAACUAAUUAAAGAACACGAUCUCUUCUUUAAAGCAGUCAGUCUCUGUCACACUGUACAGAUUAGUAAUGUUCAGACUGAUGGCAUUGGGGAUGGUCCCUGGCAAGCCAGCCUUGCACCCCCCCAGUUGGAGUACUAUGCGUCUUCACCAGAUGAAAAGGCUUUAGUGGAAGCUGCUGCAAGGAUUGGCAUUGUAUUUAUUGGCAAUUCUGAAGAAACUAUGGAAGUUAAAAUACUUGGAAAACUGGAACGGUACAGACUGCUUCAUAUUCUGGAAUUUGAUUCAGAUCGCAGGAGAAUGAGUGUAAUUGUUCAGGGACCUUCAGGUGAGAAGUUUUUAUUUGCUAAAGGAGCUGAGUCAUCAAUUCUCCCUGCAUGUAUAGGUGGAGAAAUAGAAAAAACAAGAAUUCAUGUAGAUGAAUUUGCUUUGAAAGGGCUGAGAACUCUGUGCAUAGCAUAUAGACAAUUGACAUCUAAAGAAUAUGAAGUAAUAGAUAGACGCCUAUUUGAAGCCAGGACUGCCUUGCAGCAACGGGAAGAAAAAUUGGCAAAUGCCUUCCAAUUCAUUGAGAAAGACCUAAUAUUACUUGGAGCUACAGCAGUAGAAGACAGACUACAAGAUAAAGUUCGAGAAACUAUUGAAGCAUUGAGAAUGGCUGGUAUCAAAGUAUGGGUACUUACUGGAGAUAAACGUGAAACUGCUGUUAGUGUGAGUUUAUCAUGUGGACAUUUUCACAGAACCAUGAAUAUCCUUGAACUUAUAAACCAGAAAUCAGACAGCGAAUGUGCUGAACAAUUGAGGCAACUUGCCAGAAGAAUUACAGACGAUCAUGUGAUUCAGCAUGGGCUGGUUGUGGAUGGGACCAGUCUAUCUCUUGCACUCAGGGAGCAUGAAAAACUAUUUAUGGAUGUUUGCAGAAAUUGCUCAGCAGUAUUAUGCUGUCGUAUGGCACCACUCCAGAAAGCUAAGGUAAUCAGACUGAUAAAAAUCUCACCUGAGAAACCUAUAACAUUGGCUGUUGGUGAUGGUGCUAAUGAUGUAAGCAUGAUACAAGAAGCACAUGUUGGCAUAGGAAUCAUGGGUAAAGAAGGAAGACAAGCUGCAAGAAACAGUGACUAUGCAAUAGCAAGAUUUAAAUUUCUCUCCAAGUUGCUCUUUGUUCAUGGUCACUUUUAUUAUAUUAGAAUAGCUACCCUUGUACAGUAUUUUUUUUAUAAGAAUGUGUGCUUUAUCACACCCCAAUUUUUAUAUCAGUUCUACUGUUUGUUUUCUCAACAAACAUUGUAUGACAGCGUGUACCUGACUUUAUACAAUAUUUGUUUUACUUCCCUACCUAUUCUGAUAUAUAGUCUACUGGAACAGCAUAUAGACCCUCAUGUAUUACAGAACAAGCCCACCCUCUAUCGAGACAUUAGUAAAAACCGUCAAUUAAGCAUUGCAAAUUUUCUUUACUGGACCAUCCUGGGUUUCAGUCAUGCCUUCAUUUUCUUUUAUGGAUCCUAUUUUCUAAUGGGGAAAGAUAUAUCUCUUCUUGGAAAUGGCCAGAUGUUUGGAAACUGGACAUUUGGCACCUUGGUCUUCACAGUAAUGCUUAUUACAGUCACAGUAAAGAUGGCUUUGGAAACUCAUUUUUGGACCUGGAUCAACCAUUUUGUUACUUGGGGAUCUAUUAUAUUCUAUUUUGUAUUUUCUUUGUUUUAUGGAGGGAUUCUCUGGCCAUUUUUGGGCUCCCAGGAUAUGUACUUUGUAUUUUUCCAGCUCCUAUCAAGUGGUUCUGUUUGGUUUGCCAUAAUCCUCAUGGUGGUAAUAUGUCUGUUUCUUGAUAUUGUGAAGAAGGUAUUUGACAGACAUUUCCAUCCUACAAAUACUGAAAAGGCACAGAUGGAAGAAGAUAAGGGUUCAGUCAGCUCAGCAUAUGAAUUUGCUGAAAGCAAGCACAGAGGGGAGGACAGUAGGCACCUGCUAGCUGAGGCUUGCAGCCAGCAGGACAGUCUUACGUGCACUAGCUUACUGAAACAAAUUCAAGUAUCAAGUGCUUGGACUCCAUGUGCUGUUUCUCAGAAGGCGAGACAGCGUGCGCGUCUGUUGGAAGAAUGCUGGAACGAGUCAUAGGAAGAUGCAGUCCGGCCCAUGUCAGCAGAUUAUGGAGUGCAUCGGAUCCUUUCAAUACCAACGACAGGAGCAUCUUGACUCUCUCCACAAUGGACUCAUCUACUUGUUAAAAGAGCAGUAGUGCUUUGUGGGAACCAUUCAACUUCUUUCCUAAAAUUCAGUGUGACAUCCUGGUAAUGGCCACACCAGCUCUGCAGAAUUACUUCCUGAAAUCUCUGUAGUUCAUACCCACUCAAAGUUACAAUGGCGAACAAAAAGGGAUUUAUAUGAGCCACUCUCAACCCCUUUAAUUUAAACCUGAACGUGUUAAAAUUUGAGAACAGACAUUUUCCAUCAAUUUGGGUUGUCCCUUGUGUUUGUGGGGCUCCUAAUGGCAUUUUAGCCUCUUGCUGAGGCCACCAUAUUUUAAUAACAAGGUUGAAAAGGUAAUUCCUAGUUAAUUGUAUUUUUAAGUAUUAGCUUACUUGUUGAGUCUUCUAUUUAAAUCUGCUUCUGUAAAUUAUGCUGAAAAGUUUGCCUUGAAAACUCUAUUUUUUUAUUAGAAUUAUAUUUGAAGCUUUUCAUGGGAAAAGUAAAUGUGAAUAGUAAGAAAUUUUGGUCCCUUAGUGACCCAUGUUGUGAAUUCAUUACUGCUUUCUAAGUACAUAGAGGAAAUUAGGAGAAUGCAUUUCUAACCAUUAUUUACUGCACUGUGGGUAGUAAAUAUAUACCAGUACCAAACUGCUCUUAAUGUACGUAACACACCAGUAAAGUUAACCAUAUACAUGCAAAGUGUGUAUUAUAUCUUAUACAUAAAUCGGGAAUCAAGCCCAUUCACCAAAUUUCAAAUUGAUGUUUACUGAUAUUUUUAUGGCAGAAUAUAAAGUGGGUAAAUUGGUAUCAUUAUCAUAUUAUUAUUUGAUGUGUUUUCAUUUAAUCUUUUGCAUGCUUUAAUCUAGUUAAUAUAUUUAAAUUUGCUUUUUUUCUCUAAACAUUGUUUAUAAUAUUUUAUGACACUGUUGUAAAGUUCAACUAUAUCAAUAAAAAGUAAGUUUGGACAGUAUUUAAAUAUUGCAAACACUUUUAAUUGUGCAAAUCAGAAUGUUGGAGUAAUUAAAUAAAAAAUAAAGAGAAGAGCCUCUUUCUGUGGCUUGCCUUUCAGUAAGCUAGAUUAUAGUGUAAAGGAUCUCAGAUAAGAAUCCUGUUAUUUUUAAGUUAGUAUAUGUUAUCUGAGUUAUGGCAGACUACUACAGCAAAGGGAAAUCUGCCCAGUGUUUCAAUAUAAGGUAUAUUUGCAGGUAUGGCUAAAGAAUGUAAGUGAAACAAAGUCUAAAACGCUAAAUUUUACCGUUUAAGAACUAUUACCCAGCCCUAAGCAUAUUAAAGAUUGUGUACAUAUACAUUUAAACUAUAUGGAAAUGGUUAAAUAAGGUUUUGCUAAAGUUUUCCAUACAGUUGACAAAAUAAUUCUCUUUUAAAGAUUUAUUUUGCAGCCUUCCACCCCUUCCCUCAUUUCAUGAAUAUUAGACUUCUUGAAUUGGGUUAAUAGGGAAUAGUCAAGAAUUAAGACUUUACCUUGGCUCAUUGGUAAACUAUUUUCUUGCUAAAAUAACCUUUGUUUCAAUAAUGCAAGAAUAUUGUGUUGUGAAUUUCAGCUUAAAUAUUAAUUUUUAUAAAUAGCUUUUCUUUAACUUAAAUACUCCAAAUUAGCCCAAUAAAAUGUACAUUGGCUACACUUACCAAUUCACAUUCCAGAAUAGGAAAUAUUGCUAAAAAUAUUCAGUAGUUUAAUUUCAUGGAGGAUAUUAUGGAAUUUGCUUUCCUUAGAAUGUCUUAUAACAAAAUGACAUUCAAUUAUAUCUACCUAGCAGUGUUUAUUUGCCAUCAACUAGACUGACUGCUGACACUAGAGAAGGACUACUAAGCCAUCAAGAAGUCUCUCACCACUGCAGCAAGGCAAGUCAGCUGACCUGUAUGGUGCUUAGGUCAAGGUGUGGUUGAUGUAAUUUCCUGCAUUCCUGUUUGACGUUAUUUCAAAGCUUUAUAUUUAAAAAUGUAAAUGCAUCUACUGAUAAUGCUUACCCUAUUCUUUUGUUCAAAACCUACUCCACUUAAAGGAAGAUUAUCUUAUAACUGUAAGAAAAAAGGUUUUCUUCUAUUUAAGAGAAUAUCAGUGUUGUCUGUAAGUUUCCAAUAGUUUUCUAUUGCCAAUAUACUCAUAUUGUAAAACUUUUACUACAUAACCAGGAAUCUCAGAAAAUUUCCCCUUUGCAUAUUUAUUUAAAAUCCUUUGGAAAAUACAAUGUUAAUUAACUUACUCUUAUCUGCCAAAACCAGGGUAAGAUGCUACAUGUGUUAUUACUAGUUAAUUAUUGGUCUCAGAUCUGUUUUCCUUCACGUGUUUGCCUGCCGGCUGUACCACUGAAGAUAGUAGCGAGCACCAAGUCAGUUUCCAAAAUGGCCCGUCAGCUGUUUUAUGACUCAGCACCCUGCGCAGCGUUAGCAAGCAUUAGGUUCACCUGGGGGGGGGGGGGGGGGGGGUAAGGGGGGGCAGGGUGUUGGCUGGUAGAACUACAGGUUUGCUGCCAGGUUAAGAAUGAAGAAAGAGGAGAAUUUACAGUGUGAAUUUCUCUUAAAAACCAUCCGCCUUGGGUUUCAAUUUCCAUUAUAUCCGAAGGCUUCCCAGACCUGACCCAAGCUCUGGCACUGUCCUGGUUAGAAGAUAAAAGAGACACAUCACCCUGUUCAGAAAUACUUUCACUUACACCAGGGUGUUUUCUGCUGCAUAAGGUUGUGAAAUUGGGCUAUUGGGCAUGUGUGAUAAACUUGAGACUCUUAUCUGAUAGGCAGGAGUCAAGUGUAGUAAAAAAUUUAAAUUACACCAACUUUUUCAAGUAUGCUAGUCU